AUGGAAGAAGUAGCGGCGCCGGUGCAAGUAUACGUGUAUGACUUAUCGAGAGGUCUCGCCAGGAACUACAGUCGUAUGCUCUUGGGCACAGACAUUGAGGCUAUUUAUCACACAUCGGUUGUGGUCAGAGGCAAUGAAUAUUAUCUCGAUCGGGGUAUACAAACAAUUAAAGCUCAAUCGCAUCAUCUUAAAUAUGGGACACCGAUAGAGGUGAUUGAUGUUGGAGAAACUUUUGUUGAUGAUGAGACUAUCAAAGAGUUUAUCAAUGAUCUUAAAGGUAGGGAAGAUAUGAAAUAUGAGGCUGCUCAAUACGAUUUGUUCACCAACAAUUGCAAUCACUUUACAAAUACGUUUUUGGAGUUCUUAUGUGACAAGAAAUUGGACGAUAGGAUAUUGAACUUGCCGGAAGUGGUUUUGGAAACUCCGGCUGGUCGAAUGUUGCAGCAAAUGAUUGGAGGUGCUGGACAGUUCUUUUAA